AUGGACACCAGAGUGACAAAGAGGGAACAGUGGAGGAAUAAAAGAGAAUAUAUCCUGGCAGCAGCAGGCAACGUGGUGGGCCUGGGCAAUGUGUGGAGAUUCCCCUACCUGUGUUAUAAGAAUGGAGGAGGUGUCUUCCUGUUGCCUUACUGUUUCUUUGCUGUGCUGUGUGGAGUGCCACUUUUCCUGAUGGAGACUGUGAUUGGUCAGUACACACAGGAGGGCGCCAUCUCCUGCUGGACCAAGCUCUGCCCGCUGGCACAGGGGGCCGGCUAUUCCAACAUCGUGAUCCAGCUUUAUUCCGAGACCUACAUCAUCAUCUUGGCCUGGGCCCUCCUCUACCUCUUCUAUUGUUUCAGAGACCCUCUGCCCUGGACCACCUGCAACAAUCCAUGGAACACAGGCUACCACAUGGGUGGCAGCGAAGGUCAGGGGUCUCGACGGACCAGACCCGGGCGGCAGAAGCUGGCUCUGGGGACGUGGAACGUCACCUCGCUGUGGGGAAAGGAACCGGAGCUUGUGAGGGAGGUGGAGCGCUAUCACAGCUCAGAGUACUCGGCCUUCUUGGAGACCCUGAAUGGAGUCCUGUAUGGGGCUCCAGUAGGGGACUCCGUAGUUCUGCUGGGUGACUUCAACGCCCACGUGGGCAACGAUGGAGACACCUGGAGAGGCGUGGUGGGGAGGAACGGCCUCCCUGAUCUAAACCCGAGCGGUCGAGGCCCCGUCCUAGGCAUCUUCAACUCACACCUCCGGCGGAGUUUUUCUGGCAUUCCUGUGGAGGUUGGGGGCAUUGAGCCGGAGUGGGCGGUGUUCAAAGCCUCCAUUGCUGAAGCUGCGGUGGCUAGCUGUGGCCUCAGGGUCUUAGGCUCCUCAAGGGGCGGGUACCGACAGGCCCGAAGGGCUGCAGCUGCUGCCGUGUCGGAGGCGAAGCAGCGGGUGUGGGAGAAGUUCGGAGAGGCCAUGGAGAAGGACUUUCGGUCGGCACCAAAGUGUUUCUGGAAGACUAUCCGGCACCUCAGGAGGGGAAACGGGGAACCAUCCAAGCUGUGUACAGCAGAGCUCAAGGUUGAUGGUGUUUCGUCGUCAAUUUCCCUGGUGGAGGUCACUGAGGUAGUCAAACAUCUCCGCAGUGGCAAAGCCCCAGGGAUUGAUGAGAUCCAGCCAGAAAUGCUAAAGGCUCUGGGUGUUGAGGGGCUGUCAUGGUUGACACGCCUAUUCAACAUCGCGUGGGACUCGGUCUACUCCAAGGUGCUGGAAAGGAGGGUUCGGCCGAUCGUCGAACCUCAGAUUGAAGAGGAACAAUGCGGUUUUCGCCCCGGACGUGGAACUACGGACCAGCUCUUCACUCUCGCAAGGAUCCUGGAGGGGGCCUGGGAGUAUGCCCAUCCGGUCUACAUGUGUUUUGUGGAUCUGGAGAAGGCGUAUGACCGGGUCCCCGGGAGAAACUGUGGGAGGUGCUGCGGGAGUAUGGGCCAGUCAGUUUCGUUCUCAGUGGGUGCUGGUCUCCGCCAGGGCUGCGCCUUGUCACCAAUCCUGUUUGUGAUAUACAUGGACAGGAUAUCGAGGCGUAGUCGUGGUGGGGAGGGGUUGCAGUUCGGUGGUCUGAGGAUCUCGUCACUGCUUUUUGCAGAUGAUGUGGUCCUCAUUGGAUCAUCGGCCUGUGACCUUCAGCACUCACUGGAUCGGCUGGCGGCCGAGUAUGAAUGUGUGGAUCUCACCUCUGCAAACUGGACUGCAAUACACAGUGGCAAUCUGACAGUAAAUUGGACAUCUGGAAAUCUCCCCAAGUCAUCGGUCUCUGAGUUCUGGAAUAGAGGAUUGCUCUCCAUGUCUGGUGGAAUAGAGGAGGUUGGCACAGUAAAGUGGGAGCUGCUGCUGUGUCUCCUGGCCUGCUGGGUGGCCUGCUACUUCUGCAUCUGGAAAGGGAUCCGUUUCACUGGAAAGGUGGUGUAUUUCACGGCGGUGUUCCCCUAUGUGAUGCUGACCAUCCUGCUGGUCAGGGGGUUGACGCUGCCAGGAGCCUGGAAGGGCGUGGUCUACUACCUGUAUCCAGAUCCUUCUCGCCUGGCAGACUUUCAGGUGUGGAUGGAGGCUUGCGCUCAGGUCCUCUUCUCCUAUGGUGUUGCAUCAGGAACCCUGAUCACACUGGGCAGCUACAACAAAGUCAACAACCACUGUUACAAGGACAGUCUGUGGUUGUGUGUGCUCAAUAGUGCCACCAGUUUCAUCUCCGGCUUUGCGAUCUUCUCGGCUCUGGGCUUCAUGGCCGACACACAGGGAAUUCCCAUUGACAUGGUGGUUGAAUCAGGUCCCGGGCUCGCGUUCAUCGUAUUUCCUCAGGCUGUUGCCAUGAUGCCCCUCCCCCAGCUGUGGGCCGCCUGCUUCUUCAUUAUGCUCAUUCUGUUGGGACUGGACACAAUUUUUGCAGGUCUGGAAACAAUCACGUCGUCAGUGAUUGACCUAUUCCCGGGACAGAUGCGCAGACCCUGGCGCAGAGAAAUCUUCCUCUUCUUCUUCUGCACCAUCAGCUUCAUCAUACAGAUCUCUCUCACCACUCAGGGAGGAAUGUACCUCUUCGAGCUGGUUGAUUACUAUGGUGCCAAUGGAAUAUGCAUCUUAUUUGUGUCUGUGGUCCAGUGUGUGGCUGUUGGCUGGGCUUUUGGGGCUGAGCGGAUGUGUGACACAGUUGAAGUCAUGACAGGACAACGACCGUGGGUUUUCUUCAAACUGUGCUGGCGCUACUUCACCCCUCUGAUCUGCACGGUUUGCUUAGUCUUCUUCAUCCUGGACCUCCAGACACUGGAAAUCAGCGGGGACUCUGUGUACCCGGACUGGGCUUACUCUCUGGGCUGGGCCAUGGCGCUCUCCUCUACGGUUGCAGUACCCAUCUGUGCUGUGGGCAAGAUCUGCCUCACAGAGGGAACCCUAAGACAGCGUCUGAUGGCCCUGUGGCGUCCGGUCAGUGAUCCUCUUGGUCCCAAGACAAACAUAGAACACGUCCUGAAUGAAACUGAGAUACAACCGAUGUCAGACACUUUACCUGACAUGUUAUGA